ACAGCCAAUUUUGUCUGUGGCUGUGGUAACUAGUGGAAACCCAGAAAUGUUGGUUUGUUGUGGGCAGCUUCUGUUUUGAUUUACUAAGCAUUCGCCUGGAGAACACUUUUGACUCUGAAAAUACAAAAAAAAACUAUCGUCAUACUGGUUGGUAUUCAGAAUCCGCAGUGGUUUGCAAGCACAGCUUCUCGAGUGCAGCGCGGUCAAAAGCAGAACGUAUGGGAAAUACAGGAUAGUGUUUACAAUACAGUGUUUUCAAGAUAUUGUCGUGACAUUUAUGUUGUUUAGGCCACUGCUGUAGGCUAGACUAGAGAAUACACACAAUUUUGUGGCUACCGUGUAUGACUAAUUGCUGAUAACAACCUUAGAGAUGUCCUGUGGUAAUUGUGGUAUUUCUCAUGUGGUUCUACUGUCUUGUAAUGCUCUCCAGUCCAGGUUUUCUUGUACCACGACUAUUUCUGCUGUGUUGUUUUAUCCAGACAUGUAUUUAGUAUUUGUUUAUAUUUUAGUGGCCAAAAUGAUGUCUGAAGAAAGUGCACCUAUGAGGCACAUUGAUCUUGGGUCUCCUCCUGCUCUGGAACCACCAGCGGCUGGUUACAGGUUCCCCGGCCCUCCGCCACCCAUCUACUCCUGCACUCUGACCCCUGAGCUGGUAGCCAAAGCCCGGGAGGAGCUACAGGAGAAGCCCGAGUGGAGGCUGAGAGACGUGCAGGCCCUGAGGGACAUGGUGCUGAAGGAGCAGCCUAACCUCCGGACCAGGCUGGACGAUGCCUUCCUCCUGCGCUUCCUACGGGCCAGGAAGUUUGACUAUGACCGUGCCAUGCAGCUUCUCCUUAACUACCAUACCAGUCGGCGGGCCUGGCCUGAGGUCUUCCAGGACCUGAAACCUUCCACUAUCAAACAUGUGUUAGACCUGGGCUUCCUCACUGUCCUGCCCCAUCCAGACCCUAAUGGACGCUACAUCCUCUGUCUCAGACCUGGAAAAUGGAAAGCGAAUGAUUAUCCAUUUGAGGACAACAUCCGGGCAAUUUACCUGACUCUGGAGAAGCUGAUUCAGCCAGAGGAGACUCAGGUUAAUGGGAUCGUCAUCUUAGCAGACUACACUGGGGUGGGCUUGUCUCAGGCAUCCAAUCCGGGCCCAUUCCUGGCCAAGAAGGUUGUCAGCAUCCUUCAGGAUAGCUUCCCAAUAAGAAUCAAGGCUGUUAACAUCAUAAAUGAGCCCCGGAUUUUCAAAGGGAUCUUUGCAAUAAUUAAGCCUUUUUUGAAGGAGAAGAUGGCAGAGAGGUACGUUCUCCAUGGGUCAGACCUGCACUCUCUGCACCGCAACAUCCCUCGAUCCGUCCUGCCAGAUGAGUAUGGUGGGGUAGCCGGCCACCUCGACAUGUCAGCCUGGUCGAAGACAUUACUGGACUCUGAGGAGGAGUUUAUAGUGGAGUUCUGCCAGCCAGAUCCUCUAGAGGGCGUAGUUCUCCCAAACUCCAUGCUGUUUGAAGGGCAGCAGCCCGGUGGUGCUGCCCAGGAUGAUGACACCUUCAGGGGUCUACGCUCUCAGCUCUACUACUGUUACUGAUGACCAUCACCUCUCUCUCGUUUAACUACUGUGAGGACACUAGCCUGGUCCCAGAUGUGUUUGUGCUGUCUUGCCAACGCCUAUAGUCAUUUAUGUGACAAUGGCCAUAGGAGUUGGUUAAACAGCACAACUGGAUCUGGGACUAGGCUAUGAGAACACUACUGUUUCUUUUGAAACAUUUAUCUAUGUUUUAUCAUGGUCCCAUGGGGCAAGUUUUCAAUGUUAUUUAGUAGAAAUCACUACAGGAGGAGCUAAAUAGUCGUCUGGGCCCAUAUUCAAAAAGCGUCUCAGAGUAGGAGUGUUGAUUAUAGGAUUGGUUUUUACCUUUGAGAUCAUAAUUAAUACAGUUAUAUGGACAUGGGAGACGCUUUACGAGUUCAGGGCCUGCUACAUGGCCAAGCAUAAGGCAGCUUCAGGUUUUGGCAAAGAGGCUUAAUAGGAGCUGCCUCUCGGUUUCAAACCAUUUCCAGUGUUACAUUUAUUUCUUAUAGAGGAAGACGGUUAACUGUGCCCAUUUAAAAUGCCACUCACUUCCGCUUUCUCCUUAAUUUCUCAGAAUACAUGUACUGAGGCUGUUCCUGUUAGACUUCCUCUGCGUGGUCAUAUUCAAACACCAUGUUGUAGCCUUACCGGAUCCAUACUUUGCCUUAAUCUAUUUUCGAUAAUGAUUGAUGUGCAAGGGAUUAUGAAUGGGAUUUAAUUUGUAACCAUGCAAGGUUGCCACUUUUAUCCAAAGCAAUUUAGUGCAAUGAGUGGAUAGCCUACAAUUUUAGCAUGUGUAUGUGAUCCCUGCAGGAAUUGAAACAAGUGAUGAACUUGCCAUCGGUGGUGUCACGCUCUUACUAACUGAGCCACUCAAGACCUGUAAUGUCUGAGUUACUGAGAGCCCUAGCCUACAGUAUCACAUGUGCAUUUGUUCUUAUUAAGACACAUUUUACUAGUCCUGAUCAGUUAAUACAACCUGGCUUCAAGGACGUAACAUAGUAAACAUAAAUCUGUGACACUCAAAUUACAGUAGUAUGAUAUGUUACCUUUGGUAUGGUUACAUAAGACAGAAGGUUACUUAAGCCAAAAACUAAAGUGGGCGUAUAACGCAAACGUCUAGCAACCCAAAGGUCAUGUGUAUCGAACCACAUCACAGACAACUUUAGCAACUUUGCAACUACUUAGCAUGUUAGCUAGCUAACCUCUAGCCUAGCUAACGUUAGCCACAAAAAAUUGGAAUUCGUAACAUAUCAUACGUAUCGCCAACUUGUAAGACAUUGCACGAAUUGCAAUUUGUAACAUAUAAGAAAUGGAUUGUGGACAUCCACAAAUUAAUACAUACCAUACAUAUUUUGUAAUUGUUUUUAUUUAACUAGGCAAGUCAAUUAAGAACAAAUUCUUAUUUUACAAUGACGGCCAAACCCUCCCCUAACUCGGACGACGCUGGACUCACGAUCACGGCCAUUUGUGAUUACAGCCCAGGAUUGAACCAGGGUCUGUAGUAACACCUCUAGCACUGAGAUGCAGUGCCUUAGACCGCUGCACCACUUGGGAGCCAAUAUAUUAAAUGGAGGAGACCGAUUUGUGUUUACUAUGUUACAUCUACCCCUGAGUCCAGGUUGGUUAUUUCUCGUUCAUCUUGAUUUGAUUUCGCCCACUAGCAUUGUAGAUAGUGGAUAGUUAAAAAAUAGUAACUACAAUAUUACAUAUUAACGUCAACAUAGCUGACAUUUAUCUACAUGAAACGGCCUAGUUAAUGCAUUGUUCUAGACAAGUUUGAAUCCACAGACAGAUCAUUAUUUUCAUAUUUACAGACAGAUACCUGCUUUAUGUUUUCUUUGCAUUAUACCAAUAGUGACAACACUUCGGGCUGGUUUCCUGCACACAGAUUAAGCCUAGUCCUAGACUAAGGAUGUUCAAUGGAAAUUCUCCAUUAGUACAGAACUAGGCCUAAUAUGUGAUUGGAAAACCAGCCCAUAAUGUUUUGUUUUAAUUGCAAACCCAGGGUACAGAAGCCAGUUCUAUAGAGGACCCCACCCAGCAACACUGGAGCUAUAUGU